AUGGUCAACCUAAAGAGAAAGAAAUCUGUAAAGGAUGAUAUUCCCACGAAGGAGCAGAAAAGAAAAGAUUCUUCGGUUAAAAAGGCUUCGAGAGCUAGAUCUAGGUCGGCUUCGGUGAAGAGAACAAAAUCGUUUACGCCUACAGAAAGGGCCCGGGCAGACUCCUUAGUAUCAAUUCCACAUUCACAUUCUACAUCCUUAGCAUCAUCACAAAAUACUCCCAUAGAUAUUGCGCCUUCAAGUCAAGGACAGGAACAUUCUGAGCUUGAAACCAGGACAUCGGCAGCAACUAACGAAAGAGACGUAUCCAACUUGUCGGACGGAAACCAUCAUUCCCAUAACGAUUCCAAUGGAAUUUUGUCUUCCAUAUUUAAUGUGGCACAUAAUGCAGCCAACAUGAUUGGAUCUUCAAUUGAUAAUAAACCACCAAAAACUCAUGAAUCGACAAUUGAUGAAGGGGACGAGAAGAGUACAUCCUUCAGUCAUAAGUUAGAUUUUUUAUUGAAACCUGCAACGUUUGGUAAGAAUACUUCAUCUCCUUCUAUAACAAAGUCCAAAUCAUCGAAAUCUGAUUCACAAACUGAUUUGGAUUACCCCAGAUAUUCUGAAGAGCUACCUAGUCAUACUACCAAUUCGCUUUCCAAUGUUCACUUUCAAGCCGUGAGGGAAUCUCCCAUUGCCACUUUAGGAACUGGGGAUUUGAAAUUGGAUGAUUUUGAUGAAGCUCUAACUGCAAAAAAGGAAACAGGUCCAACACAACCAAGUGAAAAUCUCAUUCCACAAGAAGUAAAGAGAAAUCCGUCGUCAGAUGGUGUCAGCAAGCAAAUUCCUUUGUCUAACCAAUUAACUGUUAGUGGUAACAAUGAAAAUAAGAAGGUUCGUCGGAAAUCUAUAACCAAUGGUACGAGUUUAGAAAGAGUAAAGUCUCCUGGGAAUAAAAAGAAAAGUACUGAUAUUGAAGAUUCCGACGAAUAUCCUAGUGAGUCCGAAAGUAUAGAUAAUGGAUUCGCUAAUUCUGAUGAUGAUCUUAAUGAAAUUCUUGAUACAUCGGCCAUAAAGCCUGCAAGUGAAAAAAGAAAUAAGGAAUUUCACCAAAUAUUCAAGCGUAUUCCUCCUAAUGAAAAAUUAAUUGAUGAAUUUGGUUGCGCUUUAUCUAAAGAUAUACUAGUUCAGGGUAGAAUGUAUUUAUCAGAGCAUUAUAUUUGUUUUAAUUCAAACAUUCUAGGGUGGGUUACAAACAUCAUAAUCCCAUUGCAAGAGGUCAUUCAAAUAGAAAAAAAAUCCACAGCAGUAUUAUUUCCUAACGGCAUGAUCAUUAGAACUUUAUAUCAUAAAUAUGUUUUUGCAACAUUCCUAUCGAGAGAUUCAACAUUUGCCUUGAUAACUAAUGUUUGGCAUGGGGUAUUAUUAGGUAAUAGUGUUGAGAGUAAUAGCAUUUUGGAUAAAAAGAGAAAUGAUAAAAAUUAUUCAAGUGAGAGCACUGCAAACGAUGAGGACUUAUUUCCAAAUGGAUCCAAUAGUAGAAACGGUGAGGACGAUGACGGUGGGGAUGAUGAAGAAGAUGCGGAGGGUUCAAGCAUUGUUGUUUCUCACAGCGAAGCUAGUUCCUUAGAUAAUUUUCUAGCUAACAGAACUGAUGGAGACGAUAUUAAGGUAGUCAAGUCGCGUUCUAGCAAUGGUAACAAUAUAGGACAAGGUGACAGUAAAUCGUCUGAUAGUUUCCAUGGCCUUCCAGUAGUAGGUCCAUUGACACAUUCACAAACCGAUAUAGAUUACAGCAAAGGAUCAGACGAAACGUUUAUAUCCGAUGAUGUUGUCAAAGCUCCGUUGGGUGUAGUAUUUUUAAUAUUGUUUGGUCCAGAUAAUUCGAACUUUAUCAAGAUAUUGAAGGACCAAAAAAAUUAUGAUAUAAGUGACGAAGAUAUUACAGAAUUAUCUACUGAGUCUAAGGAGAGAAAUUACACAUAUACCAAACCUUUAAACGGACCAAUUGGUCCCAAAAAAACGAAAUGUGUAAUUAAAGAUAAAUUGGUCGAGUUUGACACAGAUAAAUACAUUCUUGUUGAGCAAGUCACAACAACUCCUGAUGUACCAAGUGGUAACUCUUUUCAAGUUAAAACCAAAAUAUUCCUUAGUUGGGCUGAGAAUAAUUGCACCAGAAUAUACAGUUUGACGGUGGUAGAAUGGAGUGGUAGAUCAUGGAUUAAGGGAGCCGUAGAAAAGGGAAGUAUUGACGGCCAAAAAGAAUCAAUGAAGAGCAUGGUUGAUUCUAUAAAUCUCAUCAUAAGAUCUGGUGGUACUAGUGGAGUUGGUAAAUUAGAUAAGAAGAAAAGAAAGAGAAAGAAGUCUGAGGCCACCAACAAGCCAGUCGUUGAAGCCAUUCCUGAACCGGAAAAAUCCACUCUUGAGAAACUACAACUGUUUGUCGAGGCUAUUGGAAAGACCAUUAGCAUUCCUUACGUUGGUGAUCUUGUUUCCGGGAUAAUUAUCCUCUUCAUUGGGCUUCUUUUUUUCACCGAGGUGUACAAUUACCUCUUCCAUCACAAAUCCAAAGACCCUUUCAACGUCUCUAACUUACAAAUUAUUUCACAAGAUUCGGUCGUAUCCAAAAUCAAGAUCAACGAUGAUAAGUAUUUUGUGAUUCCGUCGGUCGAAUCUCAUUUCCAUAAUAAGAAAUCCAAAUUACAGAACGAGGUCGCCAUCUGGAAAUGGGUCAAUGAUAGAAGCAACGGAGCCCUCAAUAUCUUUAGUCAAGAAGAAUCCGAAAACAAUCAACAGUAUUCAAAUCAAGAGAUCAAAGAGAUUGUCAGAAUAGUACAAUCUAGACUUGAUGAAGUAAAAAACAGAAUGGGUUCUGAGCAUAUAUAG